AUGAUAGGCGAACGGACUUUCAUGGGGUGGCCGUACCUGCGGGAAGGAUCGGUUCUGGCGGUCUCUGAUUCGUUGUUCAAGUACGAGAAGAUGACGGUCGCACCUGGGACGCCGGCCAAGGUCGUCUCAAACCCACGCGCGCCACAAGGAUUGGGCCAUUGGAAGAUGAAGGCCGAUCGUACCGAGCAGGUAUACUCUAAAUGA